AUGUCCAAAGACGACUUUCUCGACGACAAGGCGCUGAACCAGCUGGAGGAGGAGGACGAGGAGGAGGACGACCAGCAGCAUGAGAACGAGGACGAUUUGUUUGAAGACGCGCUGGAAAACAACAUGGAGAUGGACGACACGGAGGAUGUGGUGAUGGGCGAUGGAGACGAGGAGGCAGAAGACGAAGAGGUCGAGGAAGAGGAGGACGAGGAGGUGGUGACGAGGUCCAAGUCAAACGGCCACAUGGCGGCGUCGACGUCGAACGGAUCGCACAUUGUCUUUGAUGACAGUGGCUCCAGCGACAUUCCCGAACAUGUGCUCAAGUACACCGGCCGCAGAAACAUUCCGCUCUGUACCAACACAGACUCGUGCGAGGGCUACGACAUUGUGCCAUACGUGGCGGCGAUCCACAGCUGUCCCGUGCAUGCGAUAGAUCUGUCGUGGGAGCUAAAGUGGAUGUUUACCGGUGGCCAGGACGGCUUUGUGCGCAAGUACGAUUUUUUUGCGUCCGUCAACGGCAAGCUGCCCCUGACGGUAGCCCAACGGCAUCCGUUUGUGGACUGUGUGACCAAGGCUGGCGUUCUGACGUCGUACUGGGAAAACGAACAGCCCGUUUAUGAAACAGACAUCAAGCCUAAGGAUGGGCUCUACGAGCCCAAGCUGUCGUGCGUGUACUCGCUGGCGGCGCAUUCGCGGUGUCUGUGGCUGCUUUCGGGUUUGCAGAGUGGAGGAAUCACGCUGAUGAGCGUACGACACAACGAGGGCCAGAUCCAGGCGUACCUCGAGAAACAUACGUCUACGGUAUCGGUGCUGGUUCUCAACCAGUGGGAGAACAGACUCUUGUCUGGAUCGUGGGACAAGACCGUCAACGAGUGGGAUUUGGACACGGGCAAUGUGGUUCGGACGUUUGACGGCAUUUCUGGCCAGGUCAGCACCGUGCAGUAUCAGCCAGUCGGAGGCGCAAUAGUGUCUCGAAAUCUGGGUCUAGAGGGGCUGGAUAGUGACAGAACGGCCCGGGGCAAAGAGAUUCUCGAGGGAGACGAGGAGGAAGACGACGACAAAAGCAUGGGGUCGUUGUUCGGGUCGGACGAGGAGGAGGAGGGCGAGUCCGAGGUGAAAAAGGAGGAGGUGGACGUGGCAGCAGAUAAGGAGGCCAGCGAAAGUGUCAAGCCAGGUGAUGGUGAUGGCAGCGAAGAGCCGACCCGCAACACUACCUCGGAGUCCAUAUUUCUCACGUCGGCCAUUGAUGGAACAGUAGACAUUUGGGAUAGACGGCAGCAGCAGCGAAUCACACGAAUUGCGGUGCCUCAAGGCACCCCGCCGUGGUGUAUGAGUGCAUGCUGGUCGACCGACGGAGACCGCAUCUACGUUGGUCGACGAAACAGCACGGUGGAGGAGUUUUCGCUGCGAGGCAAUGUGCACGAGCCAUCUAAGGUGUUCAAGUUCCCGUCCGUGUCAGGUGCCGUGAGCACCGUGGCUGCCAUGCCCAAUAACCGACACGUGUUGUGCGGCUCUCACGACAAUGUUCGGCUGUACGACGUGCAGAGCUCCAAGCAGCAGGCUGUGCCGUUCUGGAUUGUGCCGGGACAUCAGGGCGGUAUUCUGUCGUCCAUCAAGGUCGAUCCUAGUUGUCGAUACAUGGUCACCUCCAGUGGAGACCGAGGCUGGAGUGGAACCACCAGUACAGAUGUUGCCUUGGUGUACGAGAUUGAUCCCAUUGUCGGCACCAAGAAUCUGUGA